AUGGACUCUGAACCUCCCCUCAUCUUCAAGCGCUCGGGAAAGGCAAAACCCCUUAGAACAAGGCAGAAAUCUCCAGAACAUGACAAUAACGUUAACGAAACCCCCGAGGUGAAGGAUGGUAAAGAGAUUCGCGAGGAUUCGCCUAGUAUUCUAGUCGCAAAGCUCAAGAAGAAGGCAAAGAAGUCGGGGACCAAGUCUAAGCUCAGCUUUGGUGCAGCAGCAGAAGAAGAGGAAGGUGAAGGCGAGGUCUUUCAGGUUAAAAAGUCGCGGUUAGGCAGCAAGAUUUCCUUAGGCAAGAAUGCCAACAUACCGCUGAACCUGGACCAAGCGACCAUAGCACCGCAGCGAGGACCAACCUAUGAUCAGGCGUAUCUGGACCAGCUCAAAGCCAGUACUCCUACUGCUCGACCCAGUCUACCCACCACAGAAUCCUCCGAUGGCGACUUGCCAAUGGACGUCGAUUCUACCGAGAUAUCUGUGCGAAGUGUCGAUGUUCUACAAGAUGACUCAACUCCGUCGAUUACCACCACCGAAAUCCUGUCCGAGUCAUCCAUCAAAGUCGCCAAAGAAAAGCGCGAACGUCUUCGAAAGCUAAAGGACUCUGGAGAGGAAGACUUCAUCUCGCUGUCCUUGACAAAACGGUCAGAAGACCUCGGACCCCACCCUGAGAGCCGACUUGUUCGAGAGGAGGAUGAACUUGGGGAGGGAGAUGAUGAGUAUGCGGAGUAUACAAGCGCGCAGGAUCGCAUUGCUCUCGGGAAGAAGUCAAGGAAAAUUGAAGCAGCUAAGCGAAGGGAAGCGAUGAAAGAGAUGAUCGAGGAUGCGGAGGAGGAGGAUGAAGAGACGCUGGAAUGGGAGCAAGAGCAAUUGCGAAGAGGCGGUCAUCGCGCUUCAGAGCCUUCAACCCCCGCGACAGUCAAGCAGGUUUACCGACCAGCGCCGAUACCCGCAGCAACUCCCAUACCAACACUUCCGCCUGUACUGGCUCGCUUAUCCCACCAGCUUGCCCAGUUAACAUCCUCACACGCUCAGAACACUGCGACAUUGAACAAUCUCGCGCUAGAACGGCAACAAGUGGAUGAGCGGGAAAAGGAAAUGCGGGAGAUGGUUGUCAAGGCCGAAAACAAGCGUGCCUGGUUUGGAGACUUUAGGGAGUGGAUCGAAAGUAUGGCGAGUUUCUUGGACGAGAAGUAUCCUAUGUUGGAGAAGCUGGAAGAUGACUACAUUUCGUUACUCCGGGAGCGACUUGAGUUUAUCACGCAACGACGCCGUACUGACGACGAAGACGACCUCACUUCAUUCUAUGGUCCGCUCCCAACCCCACCAGAACCAGAAUCUGAACAAGUAGAUGAAUUGGGACGUGCAAUUCCUAAGCCAUCGCCGGCGACCCUUCUCCGCGAACGAAGAGCAGCUCGCAUUGAACGACACAAUAGGCAUGUUCAGCGUAGCCGCAAGCCAGACCCGGAAGAAGAGGGGUAUUCGACAGAUUCCUCGCUCCCACCCCACGACGCGUCCGACUACGCGUCUGCAGUUACUUCGCUUAGGUUACGCACCAAGGAGGUACUUGCAGACGUACGAGCAGAGGAGUUCCGUAACCCCAACAGUGCUCGGUGGAAUGCGUGGAGGGAGACUUAUGGGGACAGCUACCGCAACGCAUGGGGAGGACUGGGUGUCGUCAGUGUAUGGGAAUUCUGGGUUCGCCUUGAAGUCGUCUCCUGGGACUGUAUAGAGGACGCGAGAAGCUUGGAUAGCUUCACAUGGUAUAAGGGUCUUUACGAAUACUCACGUCCUUCGACAGGUGACGGAGAGGAGGGUGAACUUGGCCCGGAUGGCGAUCUGGUGGCGGCUAUGAUCUCUACUGCGAUCAUUCCCAAAUUGUGCAAGAGCAUCGAGGGCGGGGCCUUGGAUGUUUACUCUGAACGUCAUAUCAAGCGCAUGAUUGACCUCGCGGAGGAAGUCGAAGCGACGAUCGAAGGUGCAAGUGGGAACAAGUUCCAGAAUCUCCUUGGUUCUGUCGUCGCUGCGUUCCAAACGGCGAUUCAAGAUACUGAAGCCCUUCUCGACAAAUUCGCCUCGGUCAAAGGCAAGACGCCCGCUUUCAACCCAGAAUCGAUCCCGUCUCGCAGGCGUUUCCUCAUUCGACGAGUCAAGCUGCUGAGAAACCUUCUUCGAUGGAGAAAGUUCACUGGGGAGCGAUUUGGACUCGAUAGAUUAAUUGGCAGACUUGUUGAUAAUUGCUUCUUGAGUGUGGCCGACAGUGGAUGGGACGUGGGUGGCGAAGAAGUGGCACGAACGGUGGCGGUCAUGUUACCCAAGGAGCUUGUUUCCGAGCAACUGAAGCAGCGACUUCGUCUGUAG